AUGAAGUCUCAGAAGAAAGGUGACCACAUCGCAGAUCUCAGAAAGGUAUUCGAGAGCAUGCGACUACACAAGCUCAAGAUGAAUCCCGCUGAGUGUGUUUUUGGGGUUCAAGCAGGAGAUUUUCUGGGAUUCAUUGUCCAUCAGAGAGGGAUUGAGGUCCCUGAAGAUAAGGCGAGCGCAGUCAUCAAUGCAACUGCUCCGCGAACGAAGAAGGACUUACAGCGUUUGUUGGGUAAGAUUAACUUUCUGCGAUGCUUCAUCUCUAAUUCUGCAGCAUGCAAGUUGCGGCACUACAUGUUGUCUUUUACUACUUACAUCAUCGCUCAGACCGACCUGGUCAAGUACAUGCUGUCGCGACCUAUUUUGAGAGGCCACAUUGGCAAAUGGGUAUUGGCCCUGUUCGAGUUCUCGCUCCAAUACGUUCCCCAGAAAGCAGUCAAAGGACAGGCCAUUGCAGACUUUCUGGCACAUCACCCUACCUUGGAUAUCCCGUUGGUGAGAGAGUUAGAGAUAGCGACAAUAACUACCACCCGACCAGAUUUGGCAUGCAAUCAAGAGUACGCCAUAUGGUAUCAAGCCACAGUCUCCUUGCAGCCCUGGGUAUUGUUUUUUGAUGGCUCUAGAACUAAAACAUUAGCAGGAGCAGGAAUUGUUCUGGAAAACCCAGCGGGCGAUCGUUUCUCUUACUCUUUCCAACUGGAGUUUAAGUGUACAAACAACCAACCUGAGUACGAGGCCCUUAUUAUUGGCCUAGAAGUCUUACUGGAACUGGGGGUAAGAGAUGUUCAGGUCCGCGACGAUUCCUUACUUGUGAUCAAUCACCUUCAAGAGAAAUACAGGUGUGCAAGCUGUUUGCUCGUCCCAUAUUUGAAUCGCGCCAUUGAGUUGUUGGAUCAGUUUGAUGACGUGGGCUUGGAGUACAUCCCUCACAAGCGCAACUUCACGGCCAACGAACUCGCUCAGCUGGCUACAUGCAUUACAUUAAAGUAUGGGGUUCGCGGGCGCAUUCUGAAAGUCGAGCGCCGCACACUGCCUUCAUGGCUCGCGCGGCCUGACCCUCCUGAUGAUCCAGUCAUCGCUGUCCUAGAGCCUAUUGACGUCGAUUGGCGCUUUCUGUUGAUCAAUUACCUCAAACACCUAGACCAAACAGCUGACAGGAAGACUCGUUUUCUUGCCUUGAAUUAUUUCCUCAGGGGUGACGAGCUGCGACGAUGUGGGGAGGAUGGCAUAGACUUCAGAUGUGUGUAUGGCCACGAAGCGAAACGAUUGAUGCGCAAAGCACACAUAGGAAUAUGA